AUGAAAUCUGGUAACGUUCAUGGCAGUACCGGCGUGCUGGCGGUGUGGUGGCUGCUGGCCGGCACGCUGUUGGUUAGGGCUGCCGACUUCCGCCGUGUCGAAGAUCUCGUCGCCAAAGUGACCCUGCCCGCCGGUAGCGGGAAGACGCUUUGGGAUGACCCGGCCUGCACCAGCGCGCUUAUCCAGCACCCGUUGGUUGUGACCGGCGACCUCGUUGUAAAUGGACGGAUCCAGGUGUUGGCGAGUUCUAAUAUCACAGUCUACGAAGAGGAGGAGGCUGCGGCAGACACGGGGGAGGCCGCGGGCGACGUGCGGAUAAAGCGGACUGCGUUGUCCAAGUUUGCGACGGAAAAAUGUUCUCGCUCGGUGGCAGCGAACAUGGCAGGCUUCCAUGUGGUGGAAGGCGACCUGCACCUGCCUUACAGCAACCUGGUGAUCGGGGGCAGUCAUUUGGUGGUGGGUGGUCGUGUGGAAUCGCACACUAUCUCUCUGGACGGUGCGAGUACGUUGGUGGCAACAGCGCGGAGCUUUAAGGAAGACGGUUUCUCCUGCCCCUCCAUGAGCGGUGCGAUAAGUACCACGACCAGUGACAGGAGCAGUACUACGAUCAAUGACAGGAUGGGGAGUGACAGGAUGGGGAGUGACAGGAUGGGGGUGAAGGUACGACAUGGGUUGAUUCACCUAAAAAACGGAAGUCGGUUGGUAGCGCGCGGGAGCAUCGAGGCCCCGGCGAUCGGUGUCGAUCGAGGUUCCACGUUGGAGUCGUUUUGUAGCGAGAUCGCGGCAAUCGACUCCAGUGGGUCGGAGUGGGGCGACAUUGCCGUGCUGGGCAGUUCCACUCUCGUCGUGCGCCAGGGACGCACUGUUCGCACACAAGGUUUGGUCGCCGGAGAGAAUAGCAACCUUCUCAUCGAGGCCGCCGAGGUCCAAGCCGACAAUUUCAAACUGGCAGGCUACGCCGCUGCCUAUGUCAAGGCCAAACUCAAAACAGAAGUCGCGCUAGUCACCACCCACAGUGUCCUCGUCCUAGGGGACUCACACGCACCCGCAGACCGCACAGUCGGUCGUGCCGGUACGCACACUCUUACACACUCUAGCACACACCCCGGCGCACACGAUAACGCCAGCACGGCCGCGCUGGAGGCCCGGACAGGACUCAUACUCGGCAUCGGCGCCAAGGUCUUCGUGACGCCGCUGUCGCUCGCCCUCACUGACGCUCGCGAACUCAAUCCCAGCGACUUGGUCCAGCUCGUCCAAGCCACCGACCCGAGCGUGAAGGCUCCAGGCGGCGUGGGGGGCUCCGCUUUAGGCGGUACCCUUGGCCGCACGCUCGACGUGUGCUCUGCUGACGACCACGACAAGCAACCCCGCAGUCCCGGCUUGGGGGUUGUUUCCAGUUUGGGCACCUCGAGCUUAGGCGGCUCUAGCUUAGGCGGCGCCCUUGGAGUCGGUUCCGGUCUUGGGGUCGGCUCUGGUCUUGGGAAUAACAGUCAUAACGAGAUCCUGGCGGGUGCGGUUGAAAUCGGCGAAGGCAGCGAGCUCGUGGUGCCGCACAGCCGACUUUCGAUCGCUCAGCACCUCAUUGUCGACGACUGGAGCGCGGUUGAGGGCCACGACAUCCUGGCCAGCGCGUACGUCUCGGCCUCGAACUUUAGCGCCAUCCGCGCACACCGCAAAUUCGGCGCUGGCGCUGGCGGAUGCCGCCUGGUCGCAGGUUCGAUUCUCGCUGCCGGCGACGCCGACGUUGCCUGUUCCCUUGUUGUCACACUCGGCUCACAGGCACACAUCGACAAGCUCAAAAUACGCACCCACGACCGCGUCCUGGCACCUACAACUGGACCCACCACGACAGAAAAGAAGCCGCAACAGGACGACGAAGAGGGAGGGGCAGAGGUCGGCGGUGGAUGCGGAAGCCUCGUACCGGCGUUGGCGGUGUCACGGAACAGCGACGUGACGGGUCGCGUGGCAACUGUAAACGGGACGGUGUUUGUGGACCGAUCUUCGUCGUGGAGUGCCCAGUCGUUAUUGCAGUUGGCUGGUGGCUUAAUUGUAAAACGCGGGUCAUGGGUUAAAGUCGGACACGAUUUCCAGCAGACGCAGUUUGUCGAGCUGGAAGGCGCCUCCGAACUGGAUGUGGUCACUAACACGGCCUUUGCCGCAGAUCGCAUCCGAGUCAGUGACAACAGCCGCCUUGCUCUUGAGGGCAAGACCAUCAACACAGAGUACGGGAGUGCGCACGAGUUACGGGAGGGUGGGGGGUGA